AUGGUUUACCCGGAUAGAGUUUACUCAUGUCAUUCAACUGUCACCCGCUGCCGGGCCUUUGCCAACAAAGGGUCAAAUCAUGGUACGUCACCUGAGCCUCGGCAACGAUGCCGCUUGAGUCCGACAGUUAACGCUGGCCAGGACCGCUUUGAGUCCGUCACCUUUAGCCUCUACGUGAACGGCUUUGCCUUCUCUACCCUGGACGGGCGCGAGGCGUCGGUGUCCCUGUCACCCUUCUCCUUGAUUCGGAACUGCCGCUUCCAGUCCGGGGAGUGCUCCAGAUUAAAAAGCUUUAAGGUGUCCCUGCAAGAGCCCGACCCCUGCUGCUACUUCGCAGUGCGCAGCACCGAAGAGCGCGAGGCCGAAGAGGAGCGCUCAGAAUGGGUGCUGGGCUUGUCCCACACCAUUUUGCUGAUCAUCGACUCCCUGUUGCCCAUGGCUGAGCUCAGCUGCGACCCGGUGCCCGGCGUGCCAAAGACAAGCCGCCGCCUGCUUGCGGGCUAUUUGAUCCACAGGGAUGAUGCUGAUAACGUCUCGGUGGUCUACUGCGAGCUGCAAGCACCAGUGGGCCCGAGAGCGAGCCUGGUGAUCUACGAGAACGAGCUCUGCAACGGCUCCAUCAUGGAGAUCCCCAUCUUCGAGACCUCCGUGUGCUGCGACGUGGUGGGCAUCAACUGCAGCUGCUUUGUGGUGGAGGGUCAUCACUUUGCUUCCCAGAGCUCAUCCGAGCGGAAGCUGUGGCUCAGAGCGCUCAGCAACCUUAAGGUGAAGCUGCAAAACAAAGCGCCGGAGCCCACUCAGCAAGAGCUCCUGCACUUCCGCUCGGCCAUCCGGGAGAACAUCCAGACUUUAGAGGCCACUCAAGAGCCCAGGAUCUCGAGGAAUCCUCUCCUGCGGCUACUGGAGAAGCCUCCUAAGGCGUUUCACGGGCGUGACCGAAUUCAGCAGACGAUUUCCAAUGGCGACCAUGACUUGCCCGAGGCAACGGCCGAUGACGAGGUGGGACAGAAAAGUGGUGAUGUCGCCAAUGGUCAGCCAGCAAGCCGCAACAGACCUGUGAGUCUCUAAAAUGAGACCUUGCAGCUUACUUUCGCUCGCGACCGCGCAGUCGUGUCAAGGUCAGG